UUUUGUUGCAGUCAUUCAUGUUUUUCAAUGCUAAAUGAUUCCAGUACCGUUAUUUUAAAGUUCCUGUGAUAAUAAUAACGCGUGUCAAAGCGCUUCCCGUUUAAUAGAGCGGAGCGAGCUCGUUUACAGUUAAACACAACCAUGGACCAGAAAAUUCCCUACGACGAUUACCAGCUGCCAGUGGUAUUCCUGCCUUCUUAUGAGAACCCACCUGCAUGGAUACCUCCACAGGAGCGGGUUCAUCAUCCUGACUAUAACAAUGAGCUCACACAGUUUCUGCCUCGCACCAUUGUGUUGAAGAAGCCUCCAGGAGCGCAGCUGGGCUUCAAUAUCCGUGGUGGGAAAGCUUCACAGUUAGGGAUCUUUAUAUCCAAGGUGGUCCCAGAUUCAGACGCCCACAGAGCAGGGCUACAGGAGGGAGACCAGGUUCUUUCAGUGAAUGAUGUUGAUUUCCAAGACAUAGAGCACUCAAGAGCUGUAGAGAUUCUGAAAACUGCGCGAGAAAUCCUGAUGAGGGUUCGCUUCUUUCCCUACAACUACCAACGGCAGAAGGAGAGGACCGUACACUAGAUGGCAGCAGAGAGAGAGAGACAAAGACAGAAGGAUACUUUACUGCACUUCACUAACAUCCUCCCACACACUCUGGCCUCCAUUCUGUCUCAGCUCAAAGAUGACUAAUGCAUGACUAACAAUCUCAUUCAGUCUUUCAUGUAAGGAAAAUAUACAUGACGUUAAAGACUGAGUUUCAUAGAUACUCCUUUCUGCAUGCUUCACAUGAUGAACUCUACUUCGAUUGAACAUAUGGUUAGGAAGUUGUUUCUAUGCAGAGCUUUUUUUAAGACUAUAAACUAGAUUUUACACUAUAAAUUAUAGAACAGAUAAAUAAUAAAUAUUUUCUAGUCAAGCAAAGGAUUUAAAGAUGACCUUUCCCAUGUUUCCUCAAGCCCUGUUAUGAUAUUUCUGCAGAUGUUUGCAUAUGUGUGGACUAAACCACCAUCACUUGAUAUGAGUUAUGAUCACCCGACCUCUGUUGAAUUUAUGAAUAUAUUGCACAAUGCUGUUUUUUCAUAUUUAGUAAAGAUUUGUAAUUGUGUACGAAAUGCUAAGGGAUGUAAAUAUACAUUUCAGUCACUGCUACUGGGGGCUUUGGUACUUUUAUGUUCCAUGCACGAGUUUUACAUAAACUGCGCCUGAGCUGAUUUAAUGCUGUUGCAUAAACUAUGUGUCUGAGGUGCCAAAUGGUUUACGAGCAUGGCUUGUAACGUGCUAUUAAAGUGCAUAACAUUUAUCGUAGCGUAGUGGUAAAGCUUGUAAUGGGGUGUUAUCUGUGAGGAGGCACCAAUGUUUGCAGGUUUAAUUCAAACCAAAGACAGUCUGGUGCUUUCAUAAUUUUGGCCUGCAUGGUUCAAGAUGUGCAAAGUCAGUAAAAUCUGCAGAUCCAACCUCUGGCUGCAAUACAAUGGAACAUUCAUAGAAAACAGUUGAAUAGCUCUGGAUCUUAGUGCAUUAUGCAUUUAUACAAUAAACUGUACGUUAAUAGCUACCA